AUGAAAGACUGGAACCUGUACACGUCUGAGGACGACGAACACCUCUACACUGAGGCCUUUGACCUGGAGGCUCUGCUUGCCCCAACACCACCAGGGGUCGUCCAAGAGCCUGCUAGAGCAGAAACCAUGAAAGACUGGAACCUGUACACGUCUGAGGACGAUGAACGCCUCUACUCUGAGGCCUUUGACCUGGAGGCUCUGCUCGCCCCAACACCACCAGGGGGAGUUCAAGAGCCUGCUACAGCAGACACCAUGAAGGACUGGAACCUGUACACGUCUGAGGACGAUGAACGCCUCUACUCUGAGGCCUUUGACCUAGAGGCUCUGCUCGCCCCAACACCACCAGGGGGAGUUCAAGAGCCUGAGCCCCAGGACAUCCUGUUGGAGUCCAUCAUCCAGCCGCCUACUCCUCUGGAGGAGAGUGCAGUGGUGCGGGCUCUCCGCGAACAGCUCCAAGAAGCAUGGGCUGAAAUCAGCUCUCAGGCUGAGGUGAACAAGGCCCAAGAGCUGAAGCUCCAAACUCAGCAACAACGGGCUGACGACUCUGCCACUGAGCUGCUGGAGGCAAAGAGGAAACUCCAAACCACAGAGAGCAGCUUUAGGGAGCUGACCAAAGACUUUGGAGAUAUCCGCUACCUGUACAACAAGGCAGUGUCUGACAAGGCCAGCCAAGGCCAAGAGCUCGUUUUUGCAAAGCACCUUAUUGCAAGUCUAAAGAAAAGCAUCCAAGACCAGGCCAAAGCCAUACAGGAGCUGCAGCUGAACUCUGCCAGGGAGCGCCACGUCUCCAGGGCCAUGGACACAGAGGGACUCUCUCAGCGGGACAUGUCCAGCCAAACUUCUCCUGAGGACUUUGCCUCAGAGCUGCAGCAGCUGAAGCAGCAGCGCAGAGCCACACAACUAAAGUUACAGCAGGAGGCUAAAGACUUUGGAGAGAUGCAGAUCCUCUACAACUCUGCUGUGUGUGACAAGGUCACUCUGAGGCAGGAGCUCACCUCUGAGCUGAUGGAGGCAAAGAGGAAGCUCCAAACCACAGAGAGCAGCUUUAGGGAGCUGACCAAAGACUUUGGGGAUAUCCGCUACCUGUACAACAAGGCGGUGUCUGACAAGGCGAACCAAGGCCAAGAGCUCGUCUCUGCAAAGCGUCUUAUUGCAAGUCAAAAGAAGAGCAUCCAAGACCAGGCCAAAGCCAUACAGGAGCUGCAGCUGAGCUCUGCCAGCUCCAGGGCCAUGGACACAGAGGGACUCUCUCAGCGGGACAUGUCCAGCCAAACUUCUCCUGAGGACUUUGUCUCAGAGCUGCAGCAGCUGAAGCAGCAGCUCAGAGCCACACAACUAAAGUUACAGCAGGAGGCUAAAGACUUUGGAGAGAUGCGUAUCCUCUACAACUCUGCUGUGUGUGACAAGGUCACUCUGAGGCAGGAGCUCAGGCCACAGAGACCAGCAGGAGUAGGGGACCAGAGGGGAGUGUCCAGGCGCCGUCAAUAA